AGAAGGCCGCUGCUGUAUUGAUGCAGUCAUUCAGGCAAACGAACUUUCACCAAGAAGGUCAUUAAGUGAAAAACCAACGGCCUUCGUUUCAGUAGUACGCAUAUCUGUAAUAAAUAUCCUGUUUUAAUGUUCUUCUUUAAUAUGGAAUUUUCUAUUGGCCGUCAGCCUUAAUUAUUAAAAUGAACACAAAUAAUGCCUGAAUGUAUCACUCUGUUGUAAUGAUUAUAUAUAUGAUAUGAGCUUCACUUUUUCAAUUAAAUAACAUAAAAAAAUGAACGUCUUAAUCAUAGCCUAGUUUACUGAGAUCCAUGUGAACAUCGUUUGAUCGGCUGGCUGUAGAGACAGGUCUGAAAGUUUCCAAUAUGCAACAUUCAGCAAAUGGCAGCAGACAUAUUUGGACAUCUGUGCUUUAGUGCUUAGGCUUAAAAUGAAGUAACUGCUGUUGCUUUUUGUACCACACAGGCCAAACACAUAAGAAACAAUACAAAACUACUUUAAUAGAAACUGCCAAACAAGUAAAUGUAUUUUUUUUCCCCCUACAAUUGCAUAUUCACUAAAAGAUUGACGAGAGAAAAAAACAGAAGAAAGAAGAAACACGUGAGCUGUAGGAUAAAACUUUCAACUUGAAUGUAUAUUUGUUUCAUUUUGAUGUAUUUUCCUCCCAUCAAAAUUAUGUUACAGCAGAAAAACAAUGUUCCAUUCAGCUGCUAUGCUGGUCUGAGAUCAGACCAAAUCCAUAUCAAACAAAGUCAGCUUGCCAUACACAAGUGUUGUGGUGACAGAGUGGAUGAAGGUGCUUUUUAGUUGAAUAUGUUAAAUAAAAAAAUGCAACAUGUUCCACUAUUAUUUUUUACUUUGCGCCUUUGAGUAUAACCAAUUUAUUAAUCGACGCCCGUUUAAAAAUACAAGACCAAAAACUUUAAUCCCUUGUUGCUUUCAAAUGACUUCACCAGCAUUUUAUAUAAGCGAGUGGUUAUUUUGGGAAUGUGAAUUUUAACUACAAGGUUAACAUUGUGAAGUAUGAUUGAGAAUUAAUUCACUUGUUAAACAUAAACUUCCAGCUGUUUCAGGCUGAACACGCCUGCUUGGUGAGCCAAGACACAGCGGGGUUUUCUGUGCGAUGCUGACACCUUGUGGUUGAAUGGUUUGAUGAAUUUAUAAAAUGACAGGGGAACAGAAACCUGCUGCAUCCUGACACACACUACAGCUCAGACAGGCAGGAAGCAGUUCUCAACCCCCAAGGUUAAUAAGUUCAGCAGCAAUCAAGUAAAGUAAAUUCCCGCAGGAAUACUGCUUAUAGCACCGUAUGAAAAUAAUAUAUCUGUAGUAUAUGUGUAGUAAGCAAGCAGAUGUUUUCUUUCCAGCUGAACUUUCAUGUUCUACUUUAAAAAGACGAAGUGCAGUUUGUGGUUAUUGAAAGAGUUUUGUUUUUUUAAAAAUCAAGCUUCUGCUUAUACCCUUAAAUGAAGUUGGCCAUGGUGUUAUACAAAUAGCUUGAAAACUUUACCCGGAUUGAUUUUAUAAAAUUAUGUUUAGCUCAUCUUAAAUUUGUCACCCUAUUCUUGCUUGCUGUUUCCUUCACCAGAAAUAAAUCAUGUGACUCUUAUUUCAGAUCUUUUUUUCAGCAAAACGUUUUGAUUUUAUUAUUCGUUCCACUUCUGCCUGUGCUCAGCCAGCUCCUCCAACAACCAGAAAUGGUGAAUUCAGCAUCAGAAUCCUCAAAAUAUAAAGUCUUUCAAUUCCUCAAACGCUUUGUCGGUUUUCGGCACAAAUCAGCAUGUUAGGCACCCAACCUUCUGAGUGCGGUUUACCGACAGGAAACGUUGCUAAAGCAACAGAAACAGACCUAAAGGAGAAACACAGAUCUCAGAGUGACAGGAAAGCAGCUUUCCUGUCACUUUUCUGUUUCCUGAGGUGAGAUCAGACGUGAAUUUCGUUUUCUUUUUUUUUUUUCUUUUUUGCACACACCCUUCUCUGCAAGCUUAUUUCCUCUGAAAGAGCUUCAUUGCAUGGCAGUUAAAUGACUCAGCCGAGCAACGCAACCUCCACAUGUGAGCCUCAAUGGAAAAUGUGGCUUCUACGGGUCUUCACACUUAUGUAUUUGGCUGCUGUCUGUGCAGCUCAGGAUGAAACUGCAACCAGCCCAACAGGAGCAGAUGAUGCCACUGCCAUCAACCAACAGCCAACAGAUGCCCCAACAACCGUCUAUGAUCCUCCUAAGCCUACGCUGCAGCUAACUUCAGGUUUUUCAGAUGUGUUCACGUCUGAGAAAGUGAACUUAAGUUGUAGUGUCAGUGGCAGCUCAGACUGGACCUUCACCUGGCUGAAAGAUGGAAGUUUGUUGCAGGAAAACGCAGAUUUUUCUUUCCCAGGUACUGGUGCAGAGCUUACAAUAACUGCAAAUAGAAUAGAUCUUGCCGGACAAUAUACCUGCACAGGCAAGAAUCAGGUACACGGUCGCCUAACAAAACCCAGUCAGCCGGUUCAGGUUAGCGUUAUUGAGCGCCCCACACCCACACUGACUCGGCAGCCUCCCUGGCCAAAGAUGUUCAAAGAAGAAAAAGUGAGUUUUGAAUGUAAACCCCCCACCUCAGACUGGAAGAUUACCUGGUACAAGGACACAAAUCCUCUAAAUAACGAAGGAUCAACCCUGAACAUCUCAUCAGUUAAGGACAGUGAUGAAGGAGAAUAUACUUGCCGCGCCCAGCAUAAAUCCAGACACGUCAAGUCUGGAUUCAGCAACCCAGCAAAUCUAGAUGUUUUUCCAAACAAUCCAAAGCCUUCUCUGACUAAAAAUCCAGGCUUUAACGAAUUCUAUCCAAAAGAAUCGAUCAACUUCAUCUGCAAUGUCGACGUGCCCUUUGAAUGGACAUAUGAGUGGUAUCAGAAUGGGAGUAAAAUUCAUGAAUCCAAGAGUGGGAAUUAUAAUAAAGCCUCUGUGGAUCAUUCCAGCAGCGGAGAGUACCAAUGCAAAGUCAAGAGAGUUGAACACCCAAAAUACACAAGUAAUAGUGUAUCAGUACAAGUCGCUGAACCCCCAACUCCGACUCUAAAGCUGGAGUCACGCUGGUUUGAGGUGUUUACAACUGAAGUGUUAAACUUUAGAUGUGAAGUGGCCAGCCCCGAGUGGACGUUUAUCUGGUACAGAGAUGACAAGGCGCUGGGAACAGAGGGCCCAUCCCACGUGAUCUCUCCUGUCACAGCAGAUGAUCGAGGAAAAUACACCUGCAAAGCUCAGCUGAAAAACAGAGGAGUCAUAUCUAAACCAAGUGACCCAAAAGCAAUCACUGUGCAUGAAAACAAGCCCACUCCCACGUUGAACAGAAGCUUAAACUUUCCUACAAUGUACCCUGGAGAAUCUAUCAGCUUCACAUGUACUGUUGAUGUAGCCACUGAUUGGGAAUAUGAGUGGUAUCAUAAUGGGGUGAUAAUCUCAUCAAUCAACAUUAAUACCUAUAGAAUAGAUUCUGUGACUCACGCCAGCAGUGGAGAGUACCGAUGCCUGGCUAAGAGAUUAACGCUGACAACAGACAAGAGUGUCGCUGCUUCCCUGAAAGUCUCCGAUCCACCCACACCGAUCCUGAAGCUGCUUAGCGCCUGGCCGGACGUUUUUGAAAAAGAGACCUUGAGUUUUAGCUGUGAGGUGAGCAGUUCUGAGUGGACCUUCACCUGGCAAAGAGAUGGAACUGAGCUCCAGGAUAACUCCCGUCUGAUACAAAAUGAAAAAGGCUCAACUCUCAACAUCCCAGCUGUCAGACUGAACGAUCAGGGGCUUUACACCUGCAAAGCUCACCUUAAACACAGAAGAGUUAGCUCUGACGCCAGCAAUUCAUCUACUGUGUCAGUUUAUAAAAGCUUACCAGAACCCAUAGUACGCAAAGAUCGUGUUUUUGACCCAUUGUACCCUGGAGAAACUGUGAAAUUACUUUGCACAGUAGAUGUUUCCUCUGGCUGGAGUUACGAUUGGUACAAAGAUGGAACCAAACUUCACAAAACCGACAAAGAGAUCACCAUUAUCCUGAAACUUUCUGAUAAAGGAAGAUAUUCUUGCACAGCCAGAAGAGGUGAAAAAACCUUGACAGGACACAGUUCAAACGUAACACUAAACGUUGAAGAAAUCCCUGUCCCCUUACUGAAGCAAAAGACCCAAUGGCUGGAUGUGUUCCCCUCUGAGGCAGUGGAGCUGAGCUGUAUGAUGAAGGAAAGCUCUGGCUGGAAAUUCACAUGGUACCAAAAUACAGAGGGCGUUCCCAAAGACAAUGUUAUUAUUAGUGACAUGGGAGACACUCUUUCCAUCACUCAUGCUUCAACCGUGCACCGUGGAAGCUACCGCUGCUCAGGAACACUGGAUGGCAGGCCUGUUAGCAGCAAUCGCAGCUCUGAAGUCACACUUGAUGUCUACGAAAGCAAACCAACAGUCACACUGCUGCAAAGUCCCAGUGAUAGUGUGAUGCACACCGGUGAUCAGAUCUCUUUCGCCUGUCACAUCAACGUCUCCUCUGGGUGGAAGUACCAGUGGUACAAAGAUAAAAACUCUCCUCUAUCAUCUGGAAUCUUUCACAACAUCAGUUCUGCUAAGACGUCAGAUACUGGAGAUUAUCGAUGCAAAGUUAGCCGAGGAGAAGAACCAAAGAUUUUUGAAUCAGAAAGUCAGGCUGUCAAACUUACAAUCGAAGAGCGCCCAAAGGCAAGUAUAAUCCUGUUAACUGGCUGGUCUGAGGUCUUUUCCACUGACAGCUUAGUGCUAAAAUGUGAUAUCAUGGACAGCUUGGACACGUGGAACUACACUUGGUUUAAAGAGGGCGAGGAACUCCCUCUACUACGUCCACAGAAACAUAAGGUCACGCCUCAGGAUGACCCAGGGCAGAGCUUCUACACCUGCCGGGGUAUUCGCGAUGGGAGACCCCAUUAUUCAAUAGACAGUGACCCCUACAAAACCAAGAACCUCCUUCUAAAGAGGAGGAUCCUGCUUUCCAUCUCCGGAUGUCUUUUCUUUGGUAUCAUCGCUGUUUUCAUUGGAUGCAUUGCCCUGAGAGUCUUGCGCAAACCAGUUGCUGCAGAUGACAAGCAAGUGGAGGACAAUCUGUUUCUCACCAUGGCUCAGCUAAAGGACAGAAAUGAUGCACCUUGUCCUCUUGUUGAAUACAUCACCGAUACAGAUCUGAAUCCACCCGCCAAAGAAGGGGAAGAAAAUCCCACAAGCUGCAGUGAAACAACUCCACUCUCGAUUACUUCGCCGGAGGAGCAAGCUGUGACAACCAACGGCAAAGAGACAACAGAAAAUGGUAGCUCAAUGGUUUCCUUUCUACACUGAAUUAACAGAGAUGACCCCAACGUUGUUUUGCUUGCCACAAACCACAACACGUUGGUCACUGGAGGGCACAUGUGUAUGAGAGAGAACUGUGCUGUUGCUGGGGACCACAGUAAACCUUAGUAUGUUGCUUGUUCAGCUCAACAUAAAGUCCCUUGUCAUGACUUUCGGGUCAGAAAACUUGUGAUUUGUCUGUAUUACUUGAAAAUAUGUAAGUUAUUCCUGCAAUUAGGUGUUUUUUUUUCUUUUUUAAUGGCCUGCACUUUCAGAUUUGGCUAAUGAAACUCUGUAUUGAUAUGUUUUUAGAUGAAUACCCUUGUAAAACACAUUUAAUGUAGAGUUGUAAAUAUUUUUAGUACAUCAUUGCGUACCUUUUUAGUUUGCCUUUCAGUUCUCCAAACAGACACCAGAUGUCAGUAUAACUGCUUCCAGUUUUGUUUUUAAUGUUUCAAACGGUUAAUGACUGAAUGUAAUUGCUUUGCUCUUUAAAAAGCGACAAGUUGCAUAAUGUUUGAGAUAUUUAUCUACAAAUCAUGUGCCUUCAUGUAUUUUUUUUUUUUUUUUUU